UGCAGGAUUCUUCAUUCUGAAUAUGUUACAGAUUGUAUAAAAAAAAAACCCCCCGGUUACAAAGCAUUAUUUAUGCUGCCCUAUACACCUUUCUUAAACCCUAUCGAAGAAUGUUGGUCAAAGGUCAAGUUUCACACAAAAUGUCAUCUUUUGAUAGAGACAGAUCAAUUAACACCAAGGAUUGUAACUGCUUGUAAAACAAUUACCCCAGAUGACUGUUAA